AUGCAAACUUCGCAAGUACUUCCGCCUCAUGUCCCAUCGUCGCAACCGGAGGCGAAAUACCAGUUUCGUCUGGUCGAGCAGGAGGUGUCCACCACGAGCCAUCUGGAAGAGGGUCACGAAUAUGUCCGUCAGCUGAGUUUCUUUGGCGGCUCCGACAGCUUGGAUCCGAGUCCAGAGCCAUCCGAGGAGGGCCUCGAAGUACAAAAUGUACUCGGCCCGCCCCUGGAGUUUCUGCCCAAAGACAUUGAGCCCGUGGAGCUGGAUGCCUAUCGCGCGGACUAUCAGGCGUUCCGUGCUGGCAAUGCCACCGGUGCCAGGGGUGAGAUGGCCAGCCUCUGUGCAUCGGUGAGAGAGCGGAAGCUCGAAUUUGCGGAAGAGAAGGGCUCUUACAAGGCAUGGAAGAAAAGGAGGCCGCGUCUGGUACCUUUGAUUGGCUUGGACCUGGCUACUAGCAGCGCAGUUCGCAGUGCUGCGUCUGCAGCAGAUGAGCAUUUGGAGGAGAUGGCGCAGAUUCAUGCCAUCUCCGGCCGGAUCAACCCUGAGACCAGUGAAGACAGUGGCUACGAGCAUGGGCAUCUGUCAAAGGCCCAGGCCCUGCAGCCGCCCCAGCCCGGUCAGCCCUGUGGCGUCAUUUCCAUUUCAACGCCACCCACAGCGCGUGGAUUGGAGGGCCAGGCACGGCGCGGCUCCAAAGACCUGAAGGCCGUCAGCGGCUUUAGCGAGAUGAAGCUGCGCGUCAAGGCCCCGGACAAGAAGUUUUCGCGCCAAAGCAGCGCGCCGGCCUCCGCAGCAGACCUCGCCGUAAAGAAGGCUUGGUCGACGCUGCGCCCGCAGGCCGGGACCCCAGUGCCUCCCAAGGGAGGCCCCGGGGCCAAUCCGGUGAAAGAUGUGGACCUCGAGGCGGAGUGGCCAGAAGACGGCUUCGUGUCACCUCCCUGGGAGCGGGCCACCACAUCGUCUCCAGUGAUCGCGCAGACUGGAAUUGGUUUCUUCACCCACAUCGCCGUUUCAUUGCUUUGCCUGGCCCCAUUCUUGAAUGUGCAUUCCACGACGCAUCAUUGCCUAUUCUUGCCUUCGAUGUAUGCUGCAUAUGUGACGGGCAUGUGCCUGAAGUUUGCCCUCUUCCCAGACCCAAGCAGUUCUGAGCGACCAGUUCGCUUGAUUUCGAAGGUCUUACGAACGGAGAGACUUGUGCGUGAGGGAUCUGUGCCAGUGUGGUUUCCGCCUCUAGCUGCGGCUGUGUACGUUCUCAUGGUCCUUCAGCUGGACAUGGGUCACUCCUUUCAGUCGAUCGCAAAGUCUCAGAGGAGCUAUUUGAGUGCAACUCCACAACGACACGAUUACAACUGUUGGGGCACCGACCAGCAGGAUGUCUCUGAUUGUGUUCUGGUACGGCACGCAGGCUGUACGAUGACCGUCUCCUUUUACACCUGUCUGGUUUUCAUGGCCGUGUGCAAUCGGAGUGUAAAAGGAUCUGACAUCGUCGAGAAGCACCGGAAGUGCCUCCAGGAAAUCUUUCCGUUGGAGGCACCCUCGCUUCUGGCCUACGUGGAGAGGAGUGUGAACUCCAACUCAACCUUCUGGCGAUCUCAUCGGCGGUACAAGGCUCAAUCUGUCGUGCUGUCCUUGUCCUGGACGCUCAUGUCCUUCGGAGUUUACACCGAGCUCCUGCAGGGGGCGAAAACCAGGACGGCCCAGGUCGUGUUCAUCACCGCCCUCGUUGGCACCUAUGCUUUGCAGUACACGUUGCUCAGGCAUGUGCUCUUGCGGGUGAUCCUCCUUUUGGAGGGUGUGAAGGCAAGGGCCGCGGCCAUGGCUUUCUGCGACGAAGAAGGUGUGCUGCCCUUCACAUCCGGCCAUUCCAUCUACGUGUGGUUCUCCGUGCGAAGGAAUGUGCAGGCACAGAACGAGGUCGGCUACCAGAACGCCAGUCCGAUCUUUACGUCCAUGUUGAUCUGUGCAGCAGCGUGCUCUUGCUGGGUGAUUUCCGAGCUUCGACAACGUGGCAUGUCCGUUUUCGGCCUCACCAGCAGGGGGGGUGUCUCGCUGAUGGUUGUGGCCUCGGCCCUGGUCUCAUCAAUCUUCGUGGGUGUCUUCCUCCGAACACUCUUGGAGAUUGGGAAGUUGGAGGAUGCUCACGUUCGCCAGCUCCGCAUAGCACACUUGCGACUGGAGCAUGCCAAGUGCCUGAAGAAGGUUGCAUUUGGACAGGCUGGGAAAUCGCAAUGUAUGAGCUGA